CUUUCGUCAGUCCUCUUCGCGAAUAAAAGACAAUAUUGCCCACAUAGCAUGGCGGAAUCCAUGCUCAUCCCGUCGUCGGUUUCUCCAACGCAAAUGGGCGAUUGAUUGAAUGCUGCCGUCCGAUACGUCAUCAAUCGUAGUAGGCAGCCAUCAUGGCGGCGCCGCUUCGGCCCUGGAGUCCCGCCAGCGAAUCCACUUGGAUGCCCCUUUUUAAACUCUCGGGCGCCGUCUGCUCCCUUUGCUUGGCCUCGAUUGUGUUUUGGUUUGUUCGUCAGCCCAAGAGUGCCAAUCGUGUCCGCGUCACCAUGCUCUCCGACACCGUCUACGAGCUCUGUCAUGACGACAAGACUGUCAGCUCCGAGCUGCUGAAUGACCCGUCGCAAUCUGGCCCGAAGGUGUUUGAGCGUCUUUACCACGAUCGCAAAUCGAAACUGCACAGCCAUGACUCGAAGGAGUCGGCCGACGAUGCCAAGAACGAAUUGAAGAAGGUGCUGGAAUGUGGGAAUUGGGGCAACUCCGAACCUAGCGAACUGUUCCUGAAGAUAUACCACGAUGCUUUGUGUUCUUUGGACAAGAACCCGAUGGCCGGCGUGGUCUCGCCUCCGUUGAUGGGCAGCCAUGGCGUGGUGCCGUUGACCAUCAUUGCGCCUUUGCCGGAUCUGUGCCGACACAUGGCGAAUUGUAUCGUGCGGGCAGAGCAGGAGGUGUUUCUGGCGACCAAUUUCUGGAUCCACUCGGAUGCCUCAACACUGGUGACGAACGCCUUCCGCGAGCUGUCCCGACGGGCAGGCGAGCGUGGCACCAAGGUGAUUGUCAAGAUGGUCUAUGAUCGCGGCGACCCUCACCAGCUGUUCGAGAACCACCUACCUGUGCCCGAGAAGAAGUACACCAGCGAGAAGGUCCAGCUGCCACCGGCUGAGGAGAUCCCCAACAUCGAUCUGCAGGUGGUGAAUUACCAUCGGCCGAUCUUCGGAACAUUUCAUGCCAAAUUCAUGGUGAUCGAUCGGCGGAUCGGGCUGCUGCAGAGCAGCAACGUGCAGGACAACGACAAUCUGGAGAUGAUGAUCCAGGUGGAGGGGCCGAUUGUCGACGGGCUUUACGACACUGCCCUGAUCUCGUGGGGAAGACCUCUCGAGCCUCCGCUGCCCAUGCUGGCCUCCCCGGCCACCGGCGCCCCAAUUCCUUGUCACUCUACCCAACAGCCCGACUAUGACGCUCCUGAUCCGGGGCCUCUUCCUGAACUCACCGUCGACGACCACCACUAUGACCCGGACAUCCGUCGCGAGGCCCAGCGAAUGAAUGGGCUGCUUCUGCCACGAGACGGCGAAACCAUGACCCAAGCCGUAACCCGUCGUCUCAACACCACCAUCCAGACCGACAUGACCGCCGAUGCCCCGGAGAGCGACCAAGACCCGAUCAUGGAACCCUACCUCGUUCUCCAACCCCACAAUCCCUUCCCAAUGGCCGUCAUCAACCGCGAGCCUUGGGGUGCCCCCAACCAUAGCAGCGUUCACACCCCCCAAAACAGCAGUUUCCUCUCUGCCAUCAAAAACGCCCAAGAAUCCAUUUUCAUCCAAACCCCCAACAUGAACGCCGAGCCCGUCAUUGAGGCCCUUAUCGAAGCCAUCAAGACCCGCGACGUCACUGUCACAUGCUACUUGUGUCUGGGCUACAACGACGCCGGCGAAUUACUUCCCUUUCAGAACGGCACGAACGAGAUGAUCGCCCACAGGAUGUACAAGGCGCUAGAUACUGAUGAUCAGCGCUUUCGUCUCCGGAUCUUUAAUUAUGUGGCCAAGGAUCAGACCAGACCUAUUCACAAUAAGUUUAAACGGAGAAGUUGUCAUAUCAAAUUGAUGAUAGUUGAUGAGAGGGUUGCUAUUCAAGGAAACGGAAACCUCGACACCCAAUCCUUCUACCACAGCCAAGAAGUCAACCUGCUUCUAGACUCACCACUAAUCUGUCGUGCUUGGCGCCACGCCAUCGACCGCAACCAGAACACGGCGUUUUAUGGUGGUGUUAGUCCCGAAGACGGCUGCUGGCAUGAUCCUAAUACUAAUGAGAUUCCGGUGGGUUCGAUUGGAAUGAACCCGGGACACUUUAGUUGGGCGAAGGGAGCAGUUGGUGCUGUGCAGAGGGUUAGGGGGGCGGGGGGGUUCUAGAUCAAAUCUUUUGGUAUAUAUCUUUUGGAUUGUAUACUGACAUUGUUUGACAUAUCGUGAUGUAUAGUUAUGCUUGGUAUUUAGAUCAGCGAUUUAUGACACGUUGGACAUGUACGACGUUGCUUAAUUGAAUAAAUA